AUGAGUACAGGCGAGAGGGAUCUUCCCGGAAACUCCUCAAAGGAGAAUAAGGUUGAGGGAGUAAGGGAAUUCCUCGUAGAACACCGUCCGAGACUUCAAUCAGCCAGUGUCUUCAUCCAUCUCGGGGAAAAUGUCAAAGAAUCUGUCAAGGUUAGUGUCAAGCCUACUGAGAUCCUCUUGAAAUUCCCCAAUAAAACACUCAAGGUCCUCCUUGAACAAUUCACGUUAAACACUCGCUCUCUCACUUCAAUGGUGGCUUCUGGACGGCAUAUCAGCUUCCGGAUAAAUACAAACCACGGACAAUUUGACGAAGAAGUAAUUUCCGAAAGCACUCCCUCUGGCUUUCCUCAAAAUCUAAUCAUUCCGAUUAAUUUAAAAGCCAAUCAAACUUUUAGAAUUAUCUGCAGCAAUUGCAGGGCUCCCUUAGUGCCCCGAGGAAGUAUCUUUCUGAGGCGAAUCCUCGAAUUGCCUUCAGAGAGUGCAGAUGCAUCUGAUUGGUUUUGCCAUAAGCACACAGCAGGCACGGGAAUUCUUACGCCAAAACUCGAUGAAAUCCUCUAUGGACACUUUUUCUUUACCAUGAAUCGUCGAUCCGUGGUUAAUAUCCGAGAGAAAAACCGUCUUAUCUACUGCCAGAGAUGCCUUCAGAUGCUAGGCAAGAGCUUAGAAGGAGACAGGAUGAAGCUCUGGAAUGAAAAUGUCAUUUUCUUCACAGAGAAACACGAAGAGCUUCAUUUGAUGCCAAAUAUCAAUCAAAUGGCAAAUUUUUGUACAAUUGUCCGAAAGAUUCUUUUGGAUUUUACAAUGGCAGGACAAUGUGGUCUAGUUCAUUUUCAGAAGAUUGCUUUCAAUUGUCACCUGCCAGAUGGAAAAGUCCUUUAUCUGCUGUUGCAAAUUGUGGAUAAAAAUCUCGAGGUCUAUCGAGGUCAGGAGGACUCUGAGGAAGACUGCGUUCAUCUGAUCCAUGGUUCAGCGAUGAAAGUAAUGUACCAAAGUGGCCAGGAGGCUGAAAUUCCACAAAUUAAAGAGUGGCUGGAAGAUUCCAAUGUUACUCAUGUGGAGAUAUCCUUCCAAAUGCUGAAAAAUGCACUCGAUACCUUCGCGGAAAACUCCCAAAUACUCCCUCAAGUGUACAGGAGUAGCUGUGGCUUCCACCUCAGUUACUUGUUUAGCAAUUAAGAAAAAAAGGAUUUAAAUAAAUAUAUAAGCGAUGUUGUUAUCGCUCUUCCAUUAAAAGAAA